UAAAAGCUAAGCUUCCUAUUCCUUUUUUUCCCCUACUCCUCCCACAUCAAUAACCGAUCGAACAACACCAACCCGGAAACGCCGUCGUUUUCGAUAAUUUGAGUUACCUUUCAGUAAUGGCCGAAAAGCCCCAACCAAUUCAAGUUUUAUACUGUGGAGUUUGCGGGUUACCCGCUGAAUACUGUGAAUUCGGACCCGAAUUCGAGAAAUGUAAACCCUGGUUGAUCCAAUUCGCACCCGAUCUCUACCCGGACCUCAUUAAAGAUUCCAAUUCAAAAGAAGCUGAUAAAGUCUGUGAUCAGCUGCAGUCAACUUCAAUCUCAGAAGGUUCUUCUACAUCUAAGAAAGAAGAAGUCAAGCGCCUUCCUGGUGGAAAGAUAAAAAAGAAAGAUAAGCAGGAGAUUAUUAUUGAAAAGGUCACCAGAAACAGACGAAAGAGUAUCACUACCAUCAAGGGCCUCGAAAUCUUUGGUGUUAAACUAAGUGAUGCUUCAAAAAAGCUUGGAAAAAAGUUUGCUACUGGAGCUUCUGUGGUUAAGGGCCCAACUGAAAAGGAGCAGAUUGAUGUUCAAGGGGACAUAUCCUAUGACAUUGUGGACUUCAUUACAGAAACCUGGCCAGAUGUUCCAGAGACUUCAAUAUUCUUCAUAGAAGACGGAAAAAAGGUUCCAGCUGCAUAAACUUGGAAGUAACCCUGAACGAAUGCUCGUAGCACUGUCUUGGUUGAAAAUUGGGGGUGAGAAUAUGUAUUGGCUCCAUAGAUGUGGCUACCAUUCCACCCUCUAUAGAGCAAAUAUAAUAAGAAAAAGCAAAGAAACAAGGCUGCAUUUUGCAGUUUGAUAUGGUUUUAUUUGCAGUAUCUCUUCUUGUACAGUUGCUGCGAUGCAUAAAUAUUGUUUUAUGGAUCUGGUAUGAUGAAUGAAAUUUUGAACUAGUCCUUAUUAUUUCAA